CUCGCGGGCUCCUCUUAAACUCCGCGCAUCCUCCGCACCUUCCUCUUCCUCCUCAUCACCCUCAUUGUCGUCAUCAUCAUCAUCCUCCUCACAGGCUCCAUCCCCACCGUUCCCCGCAGCGGCGGUGUCCUGGGCAGGGUGCGGAUCGCGCGGCUUUGAAGAGGAUUCCAGUCUUGUGACCCACAGCAGUCCUUCUCCUGAAGAAAAUCCAGUUUUCUUCUGCCACCACCCCCACCAAAAACCAUGGAGAAGUUUGUAUCAGAAAGGCCUGUUCCUGUCUCUAAGAAUGAAAUCCCUACUCUUCCUUCCCAGAAGAAGCCAGAUACCAACUCGUGCCCUCAUGCAGCUGCCAAGUAUUUUGUCUCUGGUGGGGUGGACACUGAGAACUGCAAGGCUAAUGAGAAGGAGAGGCAGUGGAUCCGCCCUGACACACCCAGCAAAUGCACCUGGAAGCUCGGGAAGCCCCUCUCUGCCUCCCCCCAUCAUCAUGCCACCCUGCCAGAGCCUCCGAAGAUCCUGCCCAACAUCCUGAAUAAAGUUGGCAAUACACCUUUGGUGCGGAUCAACAAGAUUGGGAAGCACUUUGGGCUCAAGUGUGAACUCUUGGCCAAGUGUGAGUACUUCAACGCCGGGGGCAGCGUGAAGGACCGCAUCAGCCUCAGGAUGGUGGAGGAUGCUGAGAGAGCUGGGAUCCUGAAGCCUGGGGACACCAUCAUUGAGCCAACCUCUGGGAACACAGGGAUCGGGCUGGCCCUGGCGGCGGCAGUGAAGGGGUACCGCUGCAUCAUCGUCAUGCCAGAGAAAAUGAGCAUGGAGAAGGUGGAUGUCCUGAGAGCUCUGGGUGCUGAGAUUGUGAGGACCCCAACUACAGCCAGAUUUGAUUCUCCUGAAUCUCACGUGGGAGUGGCCUGGAGGUUGAAGAAUGAAAUCCCCAAUGCACACAUCCUGGACCAGUACCGCAAUGCCAGCAACCCCCUGACCCACUACGACACCACAGCUGAGGAGAUCCUGCAGCAGUGUGAUGGAAAGGUGGACAUGGUGGUGGCCACAGCUGGCACAGGAGGAACCAUCACUGGCAUCUCCAGGAAGCUGAAGGAGAAGUGUCCAGGCUGCAAAAUUAUAGGUGUGGAUCCUGAAGGCUCCAUCCUUGCUGAACCAGAAGAACUGAACAAGACUGACAAGACAAUGUAUGAAGUGGAAGGAAUUGGAUAUGAUUUUGUCCCCACAGUGUUGGAUAGAUCUGCAGUGGACCAGUGGUACAAGAGCAAUGAUGAGGAGUCCUUUGCCCUGGCCCGGAUGAUGAUCCGCGAGGAGGGGCUGCUGUGUGGGGGCAGCUCGGGCAGUGCCAUGUCUGUGGCUGUGAAGGCGGCCAAGGAGCUGAAGGAGGGUCAGCGCUGUGUUGUCAUCUGCCCUGACUCCAUCAGGAACUACAUGUCCAAGUUCUUGAGUGACAAAUGGAUGAUUCAGAAAGGGUUCAUGAAAGAAGAAGACCUUGGCAACAAACCCUGGUGGUGGAACAUCAGCAUUCAGGAGCUGAGCCUCUCUGCCCCCCUGACUGUGCUUCCAACUGUUACCUGUGCCAAGACUGUGGAAAUCCUCCGGGAGAAGGGAUUCGACCAGGUACCAGUUGUUGAUGAAUCUGGGGUGAUCCUGGGCAUGGUUACCCUGGGUAACAUGCUUUCCUCGCUGCUGGUUGGAAAAGUUAAGCCUUCUGAUGAAGUCAGAAAAGUCAUCUACAAGCAAUUUCAGCAGAUUAACCUGAAAGACAACUUGGGGAAACUCUCUCACAUCCUGGAAAUAGACCACUUUGCUCUGGUGGUUCAUGAACAAAUUCAAUAUCACACGGAUGGCUCCUCCAGCAAGCGGCAGAUGGUGUUUGGCAUUGUGACAGCCAUCGACCUCCUGAAUUUCGUCACCGUGCGCGAGAGGGAGAGGAAAUCCAACUAAAGGCAGCAGCAGCCUGGAGCCUCCUCAGCAUCCUGCAGCCUCAAACGAAGAAUCAGGUUCAUGUCUUAACUAGAAUGGGUUUCUUUUCCUUUCCUUUUUUUUUUUUUUUUUAAAUUCUGAAAAUAGGCAGUUAGCCAUCCUGCUGUCAGCUAUCCAGCCAGUGUGUCCUGCUGUAUUGCCCAGCUUCUGGGAUCUUGUUUCUUAAUCAGGCUAAGCAACAUUUCUUAUCAAGACAAUUUAUUUUUUUACCUAUAUAUAUAUAUGUAUGUGUAAAAAAUAUUGCCUAAAUUAAGUGGUUUGUUCCUUACUUAUUAUGGCUAAAGGCUGGCUUCCCAAAGUGUUGUUUCAGAAUCAUAUAAUGUGUUGAAAUAAAGAGUUACUGAAGCAGAGGCCCAAGAGAGCUCUGGAAAGUUCUGGAUUUCCCCCCCUCCCCCCCAUUUAAGGGUGUUAAGUUAGAUAUUACCUGUGUGGAGACAAAACUGGGACUGGGGCAUGGGGAGAAGAAGGGAGAGUUUCCCUUUUGGUGGCAUCAUUGUAAAACAAGAAAAAAUCCUCAGGGCUGAAGCUGAGACUUGCUCUGCUCUGAGGAAACGCUGGUUUGAGUAGAAGCAUGGCAGUGAAGUGACAAACAUCAGCCAGUGACUCUGUUUUACACAGUGCACCAGCUUCCCUGCCAUGACAGACUUGGUUUUUUUCUCAAUGGUAUCCUGAUAUGUAAGCACAAGUAAGGAAAGAUUUAAAAGGUGAGAUCAAGCAUCUUGCCUGAAGUUUUAAAUCAUGCUGUUUCAUCUGUUACCUUCAUCUUCCCUCUCCAUUUAUCUCAGAGUGCCUUUUUUGUACCUGUUUCAGGAGAGCCAAAGAUAAUUUCUGAGGAGCUGUGAACUCUUCCAAGUCUUGUUCAGGUGCUCCUACCCUGUAGUGCCUCAUUCCAGGAGAAAAGCCCUGAAUUGGCUACCCCUUCAGAUUAGGGCUAUUGCUGAAGGCAAGUGACCCAUCCUUACCUUAAACUGUGGUUUGCCAUUAAAUUCAUGCACUUCUUUAAGAUUUAA